AUGGGUGAACCUUCAAUUCGCCCAUCUUUUUCAAAUAUGCAACCUGGGCAAAGAAAAAUUCCCCAAAAAAUUUUUUGGGUAACCCCAGCGAUUGCGGAAUUAUUCGAUCGCGAAUAUUAUCUCCUUGUUUUAAGUCGAGAAUUUAUUUUUUAUUUGAUUUUCUUUUUUUGUGUCUCUUUCGCUGCUUUCGCAAAACUCGAUUUUAUGUCGUAUUAUUUAACGCACGCUGUAAGAUCGCAAUUAAUUCAGGAAGAUUUCAAAACGGAUUCAAAUAAAUUCAUUCGUUUUAACGAUAUCACCACAAUUAAUCAUUUCUAUGAUUAUCUCGAUGAAUUGGUUGUGAAAAAAAUCUUUAUCGGUUCAUUUUCUUCGUUAGAAUUUCCCUCGGCAAAUAAUCAAACGGACAGAGGUCUUUUGUAUUAUAAUAAAAUUUUGGGGCAACCAACAUUGCGUCAAGUAACUGCUAAAAAUAGUUCUUGCCAUCAAAUUUUUUCUGAAUAUUUUAAACUUUGUUAUCUUGAUUAUUCUGAUUGGACCAAAAGCAAGGAAAAUUUAAACUCUAAAGAGUUUGCAUAUAAAUAUCGACCACAAUAUAAAAUUAAAAACGAAACGAAAAUGGUGGGAACGCAAGCGAUUUCUUAUUGGGGAAAACUCGCUUUUUACGAAGCUGGAGGUUAUCAAAAACGGAUGGGGAUUUCUCGGGAACAAUUCAAAGAAAAUAUUGAACUUUUAAGAGCUUCCUCUUGGUAUAGACCAGAAACGAGGGCGAUUUUUUUUGAUGUCCAAUUUUAUAAUCAACACGUUGAUCUAUUUACAGUUGUUAAGUUAAUUUUUGAAACUCCACCAACGGGUCAAUUAAUACCAACAGCGAGUAUAACUACAUUUCAAUGUGAAAAAGAAUACACCAACAAACUACAAAGAUUAGCCGAUGGUUGCAUGAUUGUGUACAGUUUAUUUAUUUUGUAUUUUCUUUGCGAAGAAUUUCGACAAAUUUAUUUUUUUAAAUGGGCUUAUUUAGGAAUGUUUUGGAUUUAUGUUAAUUGGAUUAUUUUGAUA